AUGGCAACACAAGUUUCUUUAGAGAGCAAACAGUGGUGGGAUCCAUAUGAAACAUCCAAUAAAAGACAAUUUGUCUACCGGCCGAACUCAGCUGCAGAGAUGCUGCUCCCAACGUCCACUUCAUUUAUAGACUCCUUUUCCCGGUCUGGACCCCUUGGUUCAACUGUUUAUAAAAAUGAUUUUUGCUGGAGGCCAGUCCGCAAACCUGAAAGUAUUCGCACAGGAACAGCCUCUGGGCAGAGGAGAAACAACCCACAUCCCAGUCAGUCUUUUAUGAUUUGGAGGCUUCCCAGGGAGGCUGCACGGAGCAGAGACUAUGUCAGCUUCCUUUGGAAAUGUCCCCCGUCUGAAGGUGUGAUCCGUAAGGCCUUGACAGCCCAGUACUGCUCUACUUACAGAUGUGACUUCAUGGGAAUGCCCCAAGGUUAUGAUCAUGCUUAUAAUGAAGGAGGAAGACUUGCACCUCUGUACAGCAGGCGUGAAGUGCUGCUCUCUGCUGACACGGAGAUGAGGGACAGUCACUGCAAGCCAAAACAAAAAACAGGACUGCUUUGCAAUCACAGCUUCAACGCAGAUCUUAAACGGCCCUGUCAUGGUAUCGUUCCAACGGUUGUGAAGAGGCACGUCGAUACUCAACAAAAAAGAUAUGAUUUGACAAACUAUGACACGUUCUAUGGAAAGAGAGUGGCUGAUGUCUCCGGUGUGCUAAAGGCUCUGCUGCCACAGGAGCUGCAGCAGUUACAAAAUGUUUUACCUGAGGAGGAAAAGAAAACUGUGAAAACAGUUGUGAGUAAAGGUGCUCAACCAAACAACAAGGAAGGAGUGAAUAAACUUCCUGCAGUUGUGCCUGAUUCCUGCACACCAGAGCGGAUAUCAAGCUGGCCAGGACCACAUUGAACCUCAAUGCCCAUGUUAGUAUCUUUGGUGUGUGUGUGUGUGUGUGUGUGUGUGUGUGUGUGUGUGUGUGUGUGUGUGUGUGUGUGUGUGUGUGUGUGUGUGUGUGUGUGCGUGUGUGUGUUUCAUGGAAGGAGGGAAAUUGCAUUAAUAACAUGAUACAAUGUAUUGUGAGUGGCUUGAAUGCAUUUGUUGUGUCAUUUUUUUUAACUGUGUGUUAUCAAAAUUAAACAUUUCUGC